AUGGCUCAAGAAGAACACAGCCAAAAGUGUAGUAAUAGUAGUAGUGGCGGUGGCAGUGGUGGCGGUGGUGGUGGUAGAUCUUCAAAAAAGUUGAAGCAAAAAAAGGUUCCACAAAGAGGACUAGGGGUUGCUCAACUUGAGAAGAUUAGAUUAGAGGAGCAACAAAAAAGAGAUGCAGCUUUACAAGCAGCUAGUGUUUUGUCACCCAAUUCAAUCAUUUCACCUAGUGACUCUGCUUCAUGUGUAGCUGUCCAAUGUCCCAAUUUUAGGCCUAAUCUUUCACCUUCUUCGAUCCCUCUGCCGCCACCACCACCACCACCAGCAACAACCGAUCUCUCUUCACCAAAAUCUACAUUUAGACCCUCCUCUUCGAUCCAAAAUGUUGAUCAUUUUCAUUCAAAUUCAGUUUCAUUGUCGAAACCACUGAAUGUGGGUAGAGGUGAGGUAGGUUGGUCACCAAUUUUGGGGCCAGAACAUGGUAAUUGUCCUAAAUUGUGGAAUGGUGAGUACAAUCUUGAAGGGGAGAGUCGUAGAGUUAAUCAUCAUGGAUUCUUUUUUGGGUCUAAUGUGAAUUUUCCUUGUGAAUCCAACUCCUCUAGUUGGCCUCUCCCUAGUAUGAUGCAAAGAUCACAACAGUUUCAUCAACAAUCUUCUUUAUCAAUGGUGAAUGUCUCAUCAUGGACUUCAUCAUCAUCUGCAAUGAAUUUUCAGAUGGAGCCCCCUUCAAACCAAAGUUAUUGUAGUAACAACUAUACACCCCUGUGGCUGGAGGAAGAGAAGAUGGUUGGCAUGAAGAGACCAUAUCCCUUUUCUCUUGACAAUCCACCAGGACUCUCUUUCCCUGGCAAAUUUCCUCCAACCUAUUUUGCUCCAGUCUCCAAAUCAGAUGAUUCAGCUUCAUGUGGUAAUGGAGACACACUUAAUAUUGAACCUGGCAAUCCACUUUUCAGGGAUGGUCCUCCAAGCUCAGGUGGGAUAUCUGAACCCAAUUCCAAGAAGGUAAUCAAAGACAAUGGAGAUUUUCUCACACUUGCCCCUCCUGCUAACUCUCUGCCACAUUUGAGUUCCAAAAACAACGAUCCUUCACCAUAUCUGGGAACCCAUUUUCGAGAAUUAUCCAACGUCGAAUCUCUACCUAAUCAAGGAAGCCCUGAGGAUCCAAUACAUAGGGGAGGAUCAUGUGGGUCAAGUCACCAAUCUUUCUUUAGCUUCUUCCCAUCAGCAACAGUAAGAAUUGGUGAAGCAGCAACCACCAUAAGCAACUGCAAUGGUGAAGAAGGAGAAAGGGUUGAUCUCAAUUUGAAGUUAUAAAAAGCUAGCUAGCUUAUUUCUAGUGGUGUUUUGGCAAGGCUAGUUAUUCCCCUGACUCUCUCUCUGUCUCUCCAGAAACCAAGCUAUAAUUAUUUUACUAUUUCCUGUAGUACAAACUCUCUCAAGCUUUACUGCACUGUAAGUUUAGUUGUACUUUUCAUUUUUGAGGCGUUUUUUGUUUAAUUUGCUUGGGUGGAGAAUUGAGAGUUGAGCAUCCCCAAUUGGUGACCACUUUUUGCAUGUGGAUUCUGGAGAUCUGACUAUGUUUUGCCAUGAUUUUGCUCAUGAGGGGUCCGGGGAAAUCUGUCUUCCAAUAUAUCUGCAGAUUGCUGAUGAAGGGGAUGCCCCCACAGAGAGAGAAGAGAAAGGGAAGUUGGGCCCCGCGGAAGAGGAGGGGGAGUUCAAUGAAUGAGGGGUGGGGAAAGGUAUCUUCCAAAUUAG